AUGGGUAAAGAAACUUUUAGGAAACUUGUACACGAAAUGAAAUUUACGUACGGAAAAGUUGACAGGAAAAGCAUUCUCAUUGAACGUCAAGAAAUAAUAGCAUGGAGAAGAAACUAUCUAAGAAAAAUUGACGAAUUUCGGAAGCUCAAAAAAAAAUUGUACUUCAUGGACGACACAUGGGUUAACCAAGGACACACGGUCAAAAAAGUAUGGCAGGAUGGUAAUAUAACAAGUGCACGACAAGCCUUUAUUGAAGGUUUGUCAGUUGGGUUAAAACAGCCAUCUGGAAAAGGUAGUCGUCUGAUAGUUACGCAUAUAGGAAGCGACAGUGGAUUUUUACCAAAUGGUGAAUUAAUAUUUAAAUCUAAGAAAACAGGCGACUAUCAUGAAGAGAUGAAUGCGGAGGUGUUUGAAAAAUGGUUUGAAGGCAUCAUUCAACUUGUGGAACCUGGGUCUGUCAUCGUCAUGGACAAUGCCCCAUACCAUAGUCGACAUUUAUAA